CUGGAAGGAGCCGAUUCUCCUCCAGGCUGAGCAAGCGGGUAGCUCUGCAGCUCGGGGGCGGGGGGGUCUCCCCCAGGUGCCAGCCCGCCCCGCCGCUGCUGCCGUUCGCAGGCGGUGAGGGGAAGUGAGAGCAGCGAAUCUGGGGAAGGAGAAGUGAGCGCGUCUGCCGGGGGCGGGAGGGGCCGAACCCGGCCCGGCUGCGCGCCCGGGGCAGUCGGGACGGAGCCCGCAGCCGCCGCGUGUCCUGCUGGGCGGCGAAUCGCUCCGGGAGCUCGAGGCGCCGAGCCCUGCACCUGCGGGAAGCGCUCAGCCGGGCGCCAGCCCCAGCCAUGCCAGCGGCCACCGCCUCCGGGCUGGACGUCUCGAGGGCUGGCGGGCCCCGCGAGGGCGGGCGCAAUGCCCCGAAGAACGACACAGGGCAGUGUAGCCAAAUCUUCCCCCCUCAGCUUGGCACGCUACAGAUAAUUCAUGGCGAUGGCACCGCUGUCGGAACGGUGAUAACAUUCCAGUGCUCCGCUCAGCACCUGCUUGUGGGACAGGGACUCGUAACCUGCAUAUGGAAGGGAGACAGUACACAGUGGACUGCCGGAGUUCCCUCAUGCAAACCCAUAUCGAAAUAUGAGGCUUUUGGAUUUAAAGUAGCAGUGAUUGCCUCCAUUGUGAGCUGUGCCAUCAUCCUGCUGAUGUCUAUGGCUUUUUUGACCUGUUGUCUCAUCAAGUGCGUUAAGAAAAACGAAAGGAGGAGAACUGAAAGGGAUAUGCAACUGUGGUACCAGCUCAGAAGUGAAGAACUGGAAAACAUGCAAGCUGCUUAUUUUGGUUUUAAAGGCAGAAAUAACAACAAUAAUAAACACUUCAGGAAUAAACCAGUAUUUGAUGAUGGGACUAACCUGGCAUAUGACAAUGAAGGCUUCGGCAGAUUCCACCAAGAACAGACUAGGGAAAUUGCAGCUUCUGCCUGUGGCAGAGAAAAUGACUGUCAGCCCAAGUUCAACACAAGCGAUAGUGCACCUAUUGAACUGCCAGAACAUAACGUUCCAAUAAAUACAGUGAGUACGAUACAUGUUGAGGUCUAUAGACACGACAAGGAUAUUUAUAAGAAACCCAUCUCUCGUAUCCCUGGAUAGUCAAUGUCAGAAACAAAUAAUUUGCUGUUUUGGACCAAAAUGAAAUCUGGUUAGAAAUAUGUGCCUUAAAGACUGCAUAGAAAACUACUUAAUUAUUCUUAUGAAUCUGAAAAUUUUAUACAUCAAGAUUAUUUUAAAAUGCUUCCAGAUUUAACUUAAAUAAAAUAAUGAAUGUUGAUGCUUAUGUAGCCAUUCUCUACAAAGUGCUAAAUAUCAUGGCAAGAAUAUAAUAUUCUCCUGUACAUACUAUAAAGAGAAAUGAUAACCAUUUGUAUAUUUGCUUCAUGUAAAGUCUCUGACAACAAUGACACAUUCAUAUGACUGCAAACUUCUUUUAACCUGCGUUCUUUUUGUAACCAUGCCAGAAAAAAAAACGUAUUUUUGCACACACAUCUGAAAAUUACAAUAAAAUUUCUU